AUGGCGUUCCAUUUCUUCGCCCACCCCACGAACCCUGGACCCGAUGCCGAGGGUCUUUCACGAUUCUACUCCCUUUGCAUCUCAGUUAUCCAGUCCGCUUCGACAAUGCAGACGACACAAAAGAUCUUCCUACCCUCCGUCUCGCAAUCGUUCAUUGACCGAACUAUUACUCUGGCUGGAUUUACCAUUCUUAGACUCGUUCGAAGUCCGCUUGCUCAACAUCUGGAUGUACUUGCGGGCGAGCGAGCUUUCUCACAGGCGUAUGAUUUCCUUAAGAACGUCUCUUUACAGCCAGGAGAUAUCCAUUUCCGAACUGCGCACAUCAUGAAGGAUUUGUGGGGUAGCGACAAGGUGUUCCGUAAGAAGGAUGGCCGUGUGGAAUCGCUAUAUCUGAGACUGAGGACGCGAUUGAGCAUGAGCAUUAGUUACGACAUGUUCUGGUACUGGCGAGAAGAAUUCAGCAACAUGAAGAAUCCGUACGGCGACGAAGUAACUCUUUCGCACGAGAACGUCCAGCAGAACCCACCUCGUAAGCAUCUUACGUCAAGUCUGACGGGCUCUCAACUAACAAACAUGUCAGAAUACCCAUCCCAACAACAACAACACCCACAGCAGCACCAGCAGCAACUUCCGGAUCCUUCUAUGAGACAGCAACAACAACUCCCAGUGACCAAAUUCGACCCCAGCUUGGUGAAUCCUCAGAUGCAACAGGACCCGUCAGUAAUGAGCUUCGAUGCCUGGGAAGGUCCAGACUAUGGAGUGCCGCCAAUGCUUGAUCAAUUUCCUGAUUACGACUGGGCGGCCGGAUUUGAGUUCUCGAAUGCAGAAAUGCCCAAUGUGCCGGUUGGUCCUAUGAAUCCUAUGAUGACAGCACCAGGGCCUGGAGGCGCACCGAACAUGGGAUACACCUACGGUUAG